UUUUAUUGAUAAUUCUACUUGAUUUAAGCCCCGUUACACAGAAACGUACCUACAAUUUUCAAAAGAAUUUUUCCCGUGUAAAAUUGAUCUUUUUGUCUACUGUAUGCACCAUAUUUUUAUAUCCGACCUUUUCCCUCGAUUGCGGUUAGGCUAGUUGAUCAAGGGUCAAUUUGUCCGAAAACUGCAUAAUAUAAGUAUGUACUCUCUAUCUCAUUUUUCUCGCCUUAACAGUCUUUGCUCCAUCUCCCACUCCUGAAAAUAUGAUAAAUGAUUAAAACUGAACUUAUAGUCCAACACGUGCAGUCAUUUCGGAACGCAGAAAAUAGAAUUUCUCAAAAAUAAUUAUCAUAAAAACUAUGACAGACGAAUUGAAAGAGUUAGCUGUUGAAUUAUUCAAUGCCGGUGUUGUUAAAUUUGGAAAAUUCCACUCUACAAGUGGGUGUAUUUUAGAUUCAUGGUUCGAUUUACUAGUCGUAUUCGCACAUCCAUCCCUAAUGGAUAAAAUGGGUGAAUAUGCUUACAAAUUUUUUACCGAAAAGAAAUUCAAUUUCCAUUCAAUAUGCGGAGUAUCUUAUGCUGGCUUACCCUUCAGCGUUAUUAUUGCUUCGAAAUUAUGCAAACCAUUUUUAAUUUGGAAUAAAGAGCCUUCUCUUCACUCGGCUGAACGGCGAAUUAGUGGCAAAACUCCCAAAAACGAGUAUUGUAUCGUAAUUGAAGAAGUCACGUGCAGUGGUAGAAGUAUUUUGGAAGUUAUCAGAGAUAUUGAAGCCUCUGGGAUGCGAGUUAAAGAUGUUUUCACACUAUUUGAUCUCGAGCAAGGAGCGAUUGAAAAUCUUGGGGAAAUGGGAUAUGAGAUUCACUCAAUAAUGAAAAUGUCUCAAUUCGCAGAAAUCUUAUUCGAUGAAGGACUUAUUACGGCGGAUCGUCGUGACAUUAUCAUCAAAGGAUUUUCAGAUAAAUUUGCUUUAAACGGCGACUGUAUUACUAAUUCGAAUUUGGAGAAAAGAAAAUUGGUGCAAUAUGAUCAGAGAGUUCAUUCAUGCAAAUCCGAAAUUGGUCGAAAAUUGUUGAAAUUAAUGUCAGAAAAAAAGAGUAAUCUAUGCGUGGAAAUAACUGAUCAAAAUAUAGAUACUGUCGUACAAGUCGCGGAGCUUAUUGGCCCAUAUAUAAGCAUACUGAGCAUUAAUUGGUAUGUUUUUGAAAAUUCAGAAGAGUUCAAGUUGAAAAAACUUCUCAAUAUUGCUAAAAAUCAUAAUUUUUUUCUGAUGGAUGAUAGUAAGUUAUCGGAGGAUGGAGACGUUCUUAUCGAGCAAUGCCGCAGACGAUUCAAAUUUGUUGAUUUAUUGACCAUCUAUGCUGUACCUGGUAAAAAUAUGUUACUUUCGAUCAAAUCUGUCAUGGAUGAAUUUCCACAAAAAGGAAUAUUUGUUGUGGCUUGCCCCAAUGUCACAAAUGCGCUCGUGGGAUCAAAUUUUGAAAAAAAUUCAAUUGAUAUGACAGUCGCAACUUUUGAAGAAGUUACUGGAUUCAUCAGUAAUAAAAAUUCAGAAAUUCCUCUUGGUUAUAUCUGUAUGAGAUCGGAUUUGAAGAAUUCAGUGUCAAUUGGGAAUUCUUCAGAUAAUUCUUUCUAUUCUAACGAAAUGGUUGUCAGCAAUAUAGGCGCUGAUAUUGUUCAAUUACAUUUUCGCGAUUUCGAAAAUAUUGAUGAGUUGGUGAAAAAAGAGCAGUCACUGUUGUGGAAUGCUUAUCUAAAACGAUUUGGAUCAAUGGAAUUGGAAUGUAACCGUCAGUGACCGUUGGUUGUUUAAUUAGUUGAAAUAGGUUUGUAAUGAAAAAGCUCCCAAGCUCCGUAACCGCAGAAAUACAAACAUUCAAUCACUAAAUUAUUAUAGGUACUUGCCUAUAUGAACAUUAAAAAUUUUUUUCUUGAG